AUGGAGCGUCUGGACUUGUUGGGAUUCCUCAUCGUCACACUGAACUGCAACGUGACCAUUGUGGGGAAGAUCUGGCUGAUCUUUACGAUACUGCUGCGGAUGGUGGUGGUUGUCCUGGCCGGGGCCCCCGUCUACCAGGAUGAGCAGGAGAGGUUCGUGUGUAACACUCUGCAGCCGGGAUGCGCCAAUGUUUGCUACGACAUCUUCUCGCCUGUGUCCCACCUGCGGUUCUGGCUCAUCCAGAGCGUGUCUGUUCUCCUCCCUUCUGCCGUUUUCAGUGUCUAUGUGCUCCACAAAGGAGCCGUGCUCGCCGCCCGUGGACCCUGCGCGCCAGAGGUCCGUCCCAGGGGUCAUGACCCCUCCGACCCGAUCGCUGGGGACAGGCGCUGCCCACCGCCCAGCAGGAAGGCGUGCAACCUGAACGUGCCAGACUUCUCCUCCGGCUACAUGGUCCACCUCUUUCUUCGGACCCUGACGGAGGCGGCCUUCGGUGCCUUGCAUUACCUCCUCUUUGGAUUCCUGGUCCCAAAGAGAUUCUCGUGCACCCGCCCUCCGUGCACCAGUGUGGUGGACUGCUACGUGUCCCGGCCCACGGAGAAGUCCAUCAUGAUGCUCUUCCUCUGGGCCGUCAGCGCGCUCUCGCUGCUGCUCAGCGUCGCCGACCUGGCCUGCAGCGCGCGGCGGCGGAUGCGCGGGGGGCCGGCCCGGGAGGGCGGGGCGGCGCGGGCCCCCCGGGGAUGGGGCCGCGCGGGGGGCAGGAGCCCGGGGCCGACGGCCGCGGCGGGCGGGUGGGCGGGAGGGGAAGGUGCCCGCAGCCCCACCGGGAGGUCGGCCCUGUCGGGGCCGAUGGAGCUUCCGGACGAGGACGAGAGUGAGGCGAUAUCCUCAGCCAGCGACAAGCCGGCCAGGCCAGGCCUGGAGCCGGGGGACAGGCCCCACGGAGAGGCCCCCCAGGACCCAGGCAGCGAGGGCCGCGCGGGGUCAGAGGAGCCUCCCGCAUCGCCCCGCAGCCGGCUGGCCCGGCGCCCCCCGUCCAGCCCGCUGCCGCCCCCCGCCCGGCCCCGCCCCGCGGGCAGUGUCCCCUCCCGCAUCGCCCGCCCGACGAUGCUUCCGGGGGCGCCCGCAGGUGGCGCGGCGAGCCGGCAGGGGACGGGUGGGCCGCGGGAGCCGCCCCUGGACCCCCGACUGCGGGAGACGGAGUUGGCUCAGGUCCCGGGCUCGCCGCUGGAGCCGCGCCUGGCGUGCACGCGCACGGAGCUCCCGGACCUAGUGCAGAGGAGAGAGCGCUCAGCUCAGGGGCCCUGCGAGUCUCCACGUUCCGGCCGCGCGGGUGAGAGACACCGAGAGUGUGGCCGCUGCACGUCCAUUGGAAGCUGCAAGCCGUGA